GAGCGGGGAUGGAGAGUCGGAGUGGGAAGCGGAGCCGGAGCGGAGCAGCAGCAGCAGCAGCAGCGGGGCCGAGAAAGGGCCACUGAAGUCCCGGGGAAGGGAAGCCGGAGCUGGGGCUUGAGCAGCAGCAGCAGCCGCCGCCACCCCCCACCACCUUCUCUCCUCCCUCCCCGCCCGCGGGAGAGUCGCUGGGCGCCCGCCCCGCCUGGGGUUUGAUCCGUGUGGCCCCCCCGCCCCAUGUGGAUCGGGAUCGCUGCGGCCGAGCGGCUGGAUGGGCUGCGGAGAAGGAGCCGCCACAACAUGCAGGAGCUGCUGGAGAUGGAGAUGCUGAGAAUUAACGUGGCCGCGAUCGGAAGCCGCUGAAAGAUGAGCGAGGAGGCGAACCCGACCGAUGAUAGUUACUUUGCACGUGUGCGAGCAGUGGUGAUGACCCGUGAUGACUCGAGUGGAGGUUGGGUGCCACUGGGAGGGGGUGGCCUCAGCUGUGUCACUGUUUUUAAAGUUCAUUUGGAUGAAAGUGGCUGUGAUGAUUUUCUUAUCCAAGGUGAAAGGCUCCGGGACAAAACGGUGGUUUUGGAAUGUGCCCUGAAGAAGGAUCUCGUUUACAACAAGGUUACGCCAAUAUUUCACCACUGGAGGGUAGAUGAUAAAAAAUUUGGACUUACCUUUCAGAGUCCUGCUGAUGCUAGAGCAUUUGACCGUGGUAUUCGCAGAGCUACUGAAGCUAUCUCAGAAGGUUGCCAAGAAUGUGUCGUUGAAGCAACAGUCCCUGAUGAUGGCUUUCAACCUGCGCAAGAAAAUGAUCUCAAUUCUUUGAUUAGGAAAGAGCGAAUCUCACGGCACGACACUGCAGUGACCAAUGAUCCUUGCAGAAGCUGCUAUGUUAGAACUCCCCCAUUUGAAGAAUUCAGUUCUCAAAGAUUGUACUUCCCUGUUCAGCAGAAUCAGAUCAAGCUGAAAUCAACGAGGCAUGUCAGUUUUCAGGACGAAGAUGAAGUGGUGAGGAUAAACCCGCGGAAGGAUAUAUUGAUUAGGGGCUAUGAAGACUACAGACAUCCCAUUGUACGAAAAAAUGAAUUGGAAACUGAAAUAGACUCGUAUGUGUGUUUCAAACCUGAAUCUAAAAAACACGAUUAUGUAUAUCCUUCUGUGGAAGGGAUUGAAACUGAACACAUUAAAGAUUCAAAAGGUUCUAUUGUAUUCAAAGCACAGCCAUCCCCUUCACUGAAAUCAAAAAAAUCCAGGCGAAGGAAAGAGGAUGGAGAACGCUCUCGUUGUAUAUAUUGUCGAGACAUAUUUAAUCAUGAGGAAAACCAGAGAGGACAGUGUCAGGAUGCUCCAGACCCCAUCAAGAGAUGCAUUUAUCAAGUGAGCUGCAUGCUGUGUGCUGAGAGUAUGCUCUACCACUGCAUGUCGGACUCUGAGGGAGAUUUCUCUGAUCCAUGCUCGUGUGACACUAGUGAUGACAAGUUCUGUUUGCGAUGGCUGGCACUUAUAGCCUUGUCUGUCAUUGCACCAUGUAUGUGCUGCUAUCUUCCUCUGAGAGCAUGUCACCACUGUGGUGAGAUGUGUGGAUGUUGUGGAGGGAAGCACAAAGCAGCUGGAUGAUGUGACCAGUCAGGAGCCAAGCUGUGCUUAAUAGUUCCUCUCCAGGCAGCAUCAACCCUGGGUCUCAAGGGUUUUGGCCAACUGGUAUUAAAAGCCAGCACCAAUUGCAGAGCUGUGCAAGUCUUCAAGGUUCGAGGAGAAGUGACGUGUUUUAAAUGAUCGUGGCACUUCACAAGGUCGCCGUGUCUAAUCGUUUGCAAUGCACAGCCUAACUUGAGAUGGUUUUGUGAAGCAGAGAAUUCUUUGCUUUUUGGUUGUUCAGUGAAUACUGUAUGUGAUUAUGCUGAAGGCAUUCAUUUUGCAGUUUUGUACAUUGAGUUGACUAAUGGGUCUGGUUUCUCACAUUGAAGCCACAGAUGAGACUGAAAUGUUAGACUAAAAGCACUAGGUAACUGUUUGGUUUUUGUUCAGAAAGAUUUCAACUUGUUUUAGGCUUUGGUUCUAAUAAGUAUUUACUUACUAUGUGCAUUUACAGAAUCACUUAACUGGCAGUGCAGAUGAAUUUACAGUCUGUGAAUAAUUAGAAAUAUUUAAUACAUGUGAAGUGUCAAACUCUAUAUAACUAAAUUUGAGAUGGCUUGUACUUUCUCAAUAAAACCAUUUAUCCUUUCAGUUCUUCUAUGCCAGGAAACAAAAGAUUUUGACAUGUAAUGAACCCAUAGAUAGAUCUUUUAUUUUUGAUUUCUUGUGAUAUGCAUGCUUACUAUUCACAUAAGAUUUUACUUCAGUUUGAACAAUUUUUUUCAUCUUUCUCUUUGAAGGCUAAAAAUUGCUGACUAAUUUUCAUUGUGGUGAUUAAGCACAUGCUGUUUUCUUUUCUGUAUAUGUGUGCUUUGUGAGAACCAAAUUGCAAGUUAGUGGCAUAUUUUGAUUUUUUUAAGAUAUCUUUUUAAAAACACUUCUAAUAUUUUUGCUCAACCAGCAAGUUUUCUGUUAGUGGUCCAAGAAUAUCAAAUGGCUUCUUGCAUUGACAUAACUGAGUAUCAUGGUAUUAAAAAUCUAAAGUUUGGAGCAUAGUCAAUUCAUGUAUUUCAGGCCUAUCUUUGUCUCGGUAACCUAAUGGAAGCAGUGUAGCUGCAAUUUUGGAAAAACCCAGGUUUACUUUGUAAAUUAAACACACACUAGAAUAUUUUAUGCAAGAUACUAAGCUACGCUAGUUUAAUUUGUUAUUCUAGGAUUAUUAAGUGAAUGCUUUUAGCUAGUUAAAACAACCACUAGGUGCUACAUUUCCCUGUAUACUUGUGCAUGUAGGAACACCCACAUUGCUCAGCCUGAAGUGAAUAUGUAAAUAGACAUGAUUCAUACUUAAAUGCGUAUCUAUAGUACAUAGGUGUGCAUGGACGAGAUGAAUAUUUGAUUUUAAAUUUCCGUUUAGGCUGGGGAGGUUACCAAUGUGUAUUUCAGAUUUGCAGCACUCAUACCUGAAAUAUUCACAAUGACGCCAAAUUCUGAGCCUGAAUGGAUUAAAUUCUUAGACUAUAUCUAUCUCGUAACCUUUUAAAAAAUAUAUAAUUAGAUGAGGUCAUUUGUCACUUUUGUGCAGAGCUCUAUGGUUGUAACUAGUCCAGCAAUAUGUGGAAUGAACCUAAAUAUUUAAAUUAACUCAUUAGUGUGCAAGGACACAUUUGAUUUUUAUACAUUUCCUAUGCACACCUUUAUACCCUGUGUCUAUGGAGGGGAAAAUCAAGCUAUUGUGGUUGUAUUAGGAACAUCGUCACCCUAAGGUUUAAUGCUUUUAAAUUUUAUCAAAUAUUUAUUCACCAGAAACAGCAUUUAAAAUUUAGGACUUUGGUAAAGCUACUUGCCCGGGUUCUAAUUUUUAGGUAUGUAAAUAAUUAACCCCAUUUGUAAGAUACUGCACAUUAGAAUGCGUUGAUAUUUAUCAGCUGUGAGUAGGUGAAAUGAACUGACAGCAUUCUGUACAUAAGCCAACUUUGAAUAUUAUUUCACAUUGAAAAGUAGAGGCUAAAGAUAUGAGACUUAAUUUUAAAAAAGAGCUUGUUUCUAGUUUUGUACUUAAUAGCAGAAUGGCUUCACUAGAAAAAUUGUUUGGUGAUGGGGGCAAUACUUUCAUUUGCCUUUUGAGUAUUUAACGAUUGUGUGUGAUUUUUCAUUAUAGGAUUCUAUCUGCAUGCUUAUGAACUUUAAUUUCAUCAGCAUUCUGCACAUUGGGGAACCCUAAAUAAAUAUGAAAUUGCGCUCUGAGUGCUCGCACAUUGUCUGUGAUUCCCUGUAUAUUCUAAUUUCUACCUGCAAGUUUUCAUUGUCCAAGUUUUGGAAAACUGUUUUCCACAGUUCAAUUAAAAAGCUCUUGAUUUACCGGAACAAAAAUGUAACAACUGCAAGCUAUCCGAGGGAAAAUGUCUGAUGAUGCUGCCCUGCCAUCUGCAGUUAUUGAUGUCCACAUUAGACAGGCAUAACUAAUGUUGAAGAAUCUUUUUAGCCCUAGCAUCAGAACCUCUAACUCUGAUGGUUCCGUUGUGUGCUGUCUGGAGGAUAAGGUUACUGUCAGAUGCUGGUAUGAUCCAGUACAUCAUAUUCUGAUUGGGAACUCUCAAUUCAUGAGAUUUCAAAGAAUUCAACAGGCUUCCACAUUUCAUCCAGUGCGGCUUUUCAUGUGAACAUCUGGGCUCAGUCUCAUUCUUGCAGGAAUUCCUGAAGAUCUUGAGUAAUUAAAGGUUUUGUGUUCUUCCUGCCUUCUGGGGGUCUGGUCAAGAACAUGUGGUGUAAAUCAACUCACUCAUCUGCCCUUUCACAGUAAAUGGAUAGUAUGAAGUACCUAGAUCUGAGUGAAUCCUUUUCCCAUUCCUAUAUGUUAAGCUGAUAGUCAUAAUAUUGAUUACAAAUUGAAUAGUGAAUUGAAGCCAGAUUUUUUUUUUUUUUGCAAGCCCUAUAUUCCGAGCUAGAAGUUUACAGAUAUUAAUCACCAAAAUAAGCCUUAAUCCCUCAGUUUACGACCCUUUCUCUUUUAGAGUGAUGUUCCCUCUGCUCGUGAUCAAGUGAGCAUUUUUAGCAGUAUACUUUCUUUGUGAAAAUGAGCUACUGUGAAAAUCCUGUAGAUGUUUUCAUGUAAGCCAAUUACAUUGUUUUCUGAUUGUGUUUGGAUUUUAAGUUCAAUCAGCAUUUCCCCUUCCAUCUCCCUUUUGCACCCUUCCUCAUGUGCAGAUAAGAUCAGAGUUUGUAAUUAUUGUUAUGAAGACCCUUAAUGUUUUUUUAAAAAAAGUUGCUAUUAUGAUUGAAACAUUUUCCAACUCCAUUUGAAAAAUAAAUUUUUACUUGUCAGCAGACUGUUAAACAUUAAGCCAUUCUUAACAUAAACUUAAGCUGCUUUUUUUUUGGCUGGGGGAGGGUCUGAUGCUGCUUGUAUGUGGAAUGUAAGAAAACGUGACUACCCUCAAGAGGAGAACUUGCUGGCUGUAGCAAAGUUUUUGUUUGUUGUAAUAGGUACACUCCAACCUUAGAAUAAUGAAGCACUACUAACUAAUAUGGUACAUCUCCUAGCCAUGUACUGUAAUUUAUAUGCAAUGUCUGCUUUAUGGAUUUAAACAGCCUAAAAGGCAUGCUAAUAACUCUAAUUUUAAAGGAAUUGACCAUACUGAAUACUGAUGGUGCAUUUAUGCACCAAGAACUAUCAUAUUAUUUUGUUCUACUUCCAAUUACUUUUUAAAUGGUUUUGCUUUUUUGAAUUUGAGACAUUAUCUAAUAAUAGAAAACAUUAAGCUACAGAAUGCUUAAUAUCUAGAGGUUUUUUUAUUUGUUUUUCUAAAUACUGCCCAUUGUUUGCUCUGUGCCACUUGUUUGAUGCCUAGCCACUAUCCAAAAAGUGCCUCGCUUGUUCAUUUUAAAAACUCCAUUUAAAUCUAACUGCUAUCGUGUUUGUUACUUUUUGUUCUUCGGCAUUUUUAUCUUUGUGUUGAAAAGAUACCAAGUAUGUGAUGUACAAUUUACUUUAAUAUCUCCUGCCAUAGAUGUAAUUUCUUAACUGUAUGAGGGCGUAGCUUCUUAAUUUCUUGAAUAUAUAUAAUGUAAAUAUGCAUAUAUAAGUUUGUAACUGAUUUGUUACAUCAUACACUUGUAAUUUGACAUAUCAAAUAACUAUCAUAAUAAAACAAUAAGUUUUAAUUUC